AUGGCGUCCGUUAUUGACCAAGCAAAGAACACCCUGGCCGAGAACUUUGGCCACGGAGCCGACAAGCUCGCCACCCACAGCUUCUCCCUCGACCAGACACCAGACCUCAGCGGCAAAGUCGCCGUCGUCACGGGAGGAUCCCAGGGCAUCGGCUACGGCGUCACCCACACCCUCCUCAGCCACAACGUGAGCAAGCUGUACAUCCUUUCCACCGACGAGCAAGUCGUCAGGGGCGCCAAAGAGGCCAUCGCCAAAGACAUGGGCAAGGACGUCGCGGACCGCACCGAGUGGAUCCACUGCGACCUCAGCGACUGGAAGCAGGUCAAGGACGUGGCCGAGAAGAUCAAGUCGCAGGAGGAGAGACUCGACAUCCUCAUCAACAGCGCCGCCCGGGGCAUCAUGACCUACCAGCUCACCGACUACGGCGUCGACCGGCACAUGGCCGUCAACCACAUGGCGCACGUCAUCCUCACCUCGCAUCUGCUGCCCCUGAUGAAGGAGACGGCCGAGAAAAAGGGCACCACCGUCCGCAUCACGAACCAGGCCAGCAACGUGCACGAGAGCGUGCCCAAGGACCUCAAGUUUGAGAGCCUGGAUGACCUCAACCAGGACCUCGGCCCCAACACCCAGUACGGACGCUCCAAGCUCGCGGCCAUCCUGUACGCCCGCUACUUCAACCGCAAGGUGACGCAGAACGGCCAUCCCAAUGUCCUGAUGAACGCCACCCACCCGGGCAUCGUGAGCACCAAGAUGAGCACCCAGGACAUUCACGAGCCCUUCCCCCUCGGUGGCUACGCCAUGUCCGCCGGCCUCGAGCCCUUCAAGAAGGACCAGUUCGAGGGCGCCAAGAGCACCGUCUACGCCGCCACCCUCAUCGAGAGCUCCGGCAACUACAUCUGCCCGCCGGCAGUCCCCGAGCCUGGCAGCGCCGCCUCGCAGGACGAGAGGCUGCAGGACAGCCUGAUGGAGCUGACGCGAAAGGUGGUCAUGGACAAGACGAAGCGCGAGUCGGCUGACCAGGGAUGUCCCUUUGACGACCUGGUCCUGCACUAG